CACGACUUCCGCUCCAGAGUGUGACUACUUCCGUGUUGACCCACGUUUUCACGUUUCUCACUGGAGAGCACAACUACACGCCGAUACAAGAAAAAAACUUGUUUUUUAACAGGCACAAUGAGGCCACUAACAGAAGAAGAGACGAAGACGAUGUUUGAGAAGCUGUCAAAAUACAUCGGGGAAAACAUCAAGCUUCUCGUGGACCGACCUGACGGUACCUACUGUUUCAGGCUACAGAACGACCGUGUGUACUACAUGAGUGAAAAAAUUCUUAAGUUGGCCACAAACAUUUCCCGGGACAAGCUCGUGUCAGUGGGAACAUGUUUUGGGAAGUUCACAAAGACCACCAAGUUCCGCCUGCACAUCACAGCUCUGGACUUCUUGGCUCCCUAUGCAAAGUUCAAGGUAUGGGUGAAACCCGGAGCAGAGCAGUCUUACCUCUAUGGGAAUCACGUGCUAAAGUCUGGCCUUGGCAGAAUCACUGAGAACACGAAUCAGUACCAGGGUGUCGUGGUCUACUCUAUGGCAGAUGUGCCCCUGGGUUUUGGCGUGGCAGCCAAGUCCACUCAGGAGUGUCGGCGAGUGGAUCCCAUGUCCAUCGUCGUGUUCCACCAGGCCGAUGUGGGAGAGUACAUUAGGAAUGAGGACACAUUGACAUAAAGAUGCAUCAACAGCUGGACUGUCACAUGCCCCUUUUCUUGACACAUUUAAUGCCCAGGAACAUUCACUGAAAUUCACCGCUGCGGUUUGUUUUAAUAGAAAUGGUUGGAUUGAAGUGUCUGGUCUAGGGCAUCUCAACAGCAGAUGCUACAGUUGGUCCAUAUUUCCAAUUUACAGUCUAAGGACUGCAACAAAGACCUCUCUGGACUCACCUUGGGAUACUGCUUAUAUGCUGUCUGAAGGAUUCUCUUGUUACGACACCUCCCGAUACCUUCACUCAGGCUCCAAGUCAAAUCUUGUCAAAAUGAAGGGGAAUGCUUUUCUGUGUUUCUCUUUUGUAAAUGUCACCCUUCAAAUAAAUCCACAUUGUCUUUGUAAAAA